AUGCAAAUUUCAAAAUUUUUUGCAGUUUUGGCCUUUAUUGGAGUUGUUUAUGGUCAGGCCGGCACUUUGUUACAGUAUAUUCCACCUAAUGUGCAGGGUAAGGGAUUACGGUAGUUUUAAAAGGGUACAAUAGUUAGGGUAAGGCCAGAUAAGGGUAAGGGCAGUAGGGUAUGGUAGGGUAGGGUAGGAUAAGGUAGGGUAGGCUAGGGUAGGGUAAAGUAGAGUACAGCAGGGUAGAAGAAGGCAAGGUAGAGCAUCAAAUACAGUAACCAUUUUAGCCGUCCUUCCAACAAAGCUAGUCCAAAGUCUGAACAUUUUAUCCUGGACUGACUUGUCAAAAGGAGUGUCUAUUAUUGAUUCAAUCCCAAGAUUCACUAGUUUUUCCCAAUUUUUGCAAACUAUUGAUAUCAAUGCUCCUGCUUUGAGUACGGUACUCAACAGUAACGUCAAUGAUCAAUAUACUCAAUAUAUGCAAACUGAAGCUACGUUGAGUCCAAAUGCCAAGGCUUUUGUUGAUAAGGUAAAAUACGAUUUCGUUAACUUUUGUUCCAAACUAUAAAGUCUAAAAAUUUACAAAAUUGUCAUUUUUAAAAACAUUUUUUAAUUAUUUAGCUUUUCUACGUACUUUUGGACCCAUAAUGAUAAAGGUUAAAUUUGUAAGCAUUAAAGACGUGUAAAACGUAUUUUACAAAAAACUUCAAAAAAGGAAAAUUUAGGUAAAACAAAUGGCUAAACAAACGAUUCAACAGGCUAAACAGCUAUACCAAUCUAAGGACAUGACCACACAACAAAACGUACAAUUGACUUUCCCUACCAUGACCAAAGUGGCUUCUAGUAGGUUUUUAAUCUUCUACCCUUUUUUUUUCUUUUUCGUCUGCUUGUUCUUCUAUUUUUUUCUUUAUCUUCUUCUCUUUAUUCUUCUUCUUCUGUUCUAAGUAGAAGUAUGGGGCAGAGCAAAUCAAGACCAGGCAAGCCAAGGCGAGGUAAGGCAGAGAAGAGCAAGAUAGAUCAAUUUUUUUCUUCUUUGUCUUCUCAUUGUUCUUCUUCUUUUUUUCAUUUUCUCCUUUUCUUCUUCUCCUUUCUCUUCUUUUGCUUUUUUUCUAUAUUCUUAUUCUCCUCCUUACUUUCUUCUUAUUCCUUCCCCUAUUCUUCCUUUUUUCUAUUGUUUCUCUUUUGUCUUUCUCUUUUCCUUCUUCUUCUUUUUGUUGUUUUUCUAUUUUGCCUUCUUUUUGUUCUUUGUUUUUCCGUUUUUCUUCUUCUUACUCUUCUUCGGCCCCUUCUCCUUCUUUUUCCUCUUCUUGUCUUCCUCUAAUUCUAUUUUUUAUUCAAAAAUACAAUUUUAGGCGACCAGUUCCAAUCAUUGAUUAUGCCAUGA